AAAAGGCAUUAAAGUUACUUAAACCUUUUUUUUUUUUUUUUUUUUUUUUACCCGCUUGUUUGGCCGGCGCCUUUAACAUAUAAAACCCAAACCCUCUCGAUUGUAAUACUUUUUUUAUCUUUACUCGAUAUAAUCUAACCAUGGUUGCUAUUCCUCCUAAGCAUCGCUCAUUCUUAACAUCGCCUGCAGGAAUUCAGGCUAAAUCUAUUCCAGCACCUGAAGGAUUCAGUUUGGUUACUUCUCAUGUGUACACCAAAAUUGCACUUUUCUUCGAAAAUGUCCACAAGGAUCCUGGGUUUAUGCAUUGGCCUAGACUAAAGGCGUCUUUAGAGGGCGCUUUAAAUCAUUAUUACCCACUUACCGGUCGCUUGGUCAAGGGCAACAAUGGUCGAUAUGACAUCACUAACUUCGAAAAGGGUGCUUUAUUUGAAGUAGCCGAUUCAGUGGAUGACUUCCAAGAAUACAAGCGCAGUAAUUUCUCUUACUCUGUUGUGCCAUUUGAAGAAAUGAUUGCUGUACAAUCGUAUGUAUCGCGCGAUUCUCCUUUAUUCGGUGCAAAAAUUGUCUAUACACGAUGUGGCAGUUGUGUAUUGAACUUUUCAUUCCAUCAUAAAGUCAUGGAUGGUUGGUGCUUGACACAAUUUCUUGCUCUCUUUGCACGUCUUAGUCGUGGCGAGACCAUCGAGGAAGAUGAAUUACAUAUGUAUACCGAUAAAGAUCGAAAGCCUGUUCAACCGUUACCUGGUUUAAAUCAUGCCGAAUUAUAUCCCAGAUACGCUCCCGGUGAAGCUCCUCCACCUACCAUUCAAAUGGGCCCCUCCAAAAAACUCAUCUUUUCGUUUGAAAGAUCCGUCAUGAAGAAAUUAAAGGCUUCAGUGCUUGAAGAUGCUGGUCAACCAAAAGCAAAGCUUUCUCAAUUUGAUAUCCUGUCGUCAUUUGUGCAUCGUGCCAUUGUGAAAGCACGCCGAGCUCCGGAAGAUAGUUGUGCUGAUAUGCUGUGUAUUGUGAGUAAUCAUCAUCAGCAUCCAGAUUAUGAUAUGGUCAAGUACCUCGGUAAUUUUAUCAUGCCUGUCCCGCUUCAUAAUACGGCACAGGAAGUCUUAGACAAGGGAAUUUUCCAAGUUGCCACUGAGCUCCGUGCAAAGACGCGUUCGGUUACUGUACCCUUUAUGGAGUCACUCGAACAUUACUUUAACACUUCGCCUAACGUAGAAGAGAUUACGAGUCCUAUUUCUUCGUUGGCAAGAGGAGCUGUUGGAUUUUCAGAUUGGUCUCGUUUUGUCAACAACUUUGAUCUCGGGUAUGGACCUUACGUCCGUUUAAGAAGCUUUGUUGAGACUUCGCCACUUGCUUUGAUCACGGUUAUGCCCUAUCUUCCUGAUACAAUUGAAGUUAUCAUUCAACUUGACAGAAGAAGUAUGGAUAGAUUGGUGACUGAUCGCGAUUUCAUGAGCUAUGUCAAGUGCAUUAAUUAGUUUAACGAGAUAAUAAAAAUUAAAGGAAUGAAAAAGCUUAUUCUACAUGCUAUCUAUCUAUAAAGUGUGUCUUACGAAACACACAAGCAUGUACCUUUCAAUGCAAAUUAAAACCUUGAAAUGUUUCCGAUUGUCAGCUAUAAUAGAGAUCUUCAAAUUAUUAUUACUGGGUUAAUGGGAUUGUAAUAGAAUGUUAAAGUAUCAAUUAAAUCUUAAUCAUGAGUGUAUCUGGGGAAAAAGGGGCGGGGGAUCGCUUAACUAGGUUAGAUUAAGAACAACUUGAGAAACUCACGCCCCAAAAAAAAGAAAAAAUACGAUG